UGAGGUCACAGGGAGCAGCCGGGCGGAGUCGUGGCGAGAGCCCUUCGCACGAGGGGCUGGCACCGGCCCCCCCACCCCAAGCUCCAGCCCCUUGCUCUAGUGAACUCCCCUUCCCAGCCACCUGCCCUUGGCACGAGGCCCUCGGCGGAGGAGCCCCCAGGGGCCCGGCCCGGUUCGGACCAUGGCCAACGUGGUGGUGAAAACCAUCUGGCAGUCGAAGGAAAUCAACGAAGCCGGAGACCCCCCCUCUGGGGCAGAGACCCGAGCCCAGAGCACCCGGGACCUGCUGGGCAAAGCCGGCCCCAAGGCCUUCCCCAAGAAGAAGAAAGCCGUGUCCUUCCAUGGGGUGGAGCCCCCCCCGGCCAGCGAGGCCCCCCCCGGCCACCUGAACCUGAAGCGCUCCUCCGCCUGCACCAACGUCUCGCUGCUGAACCUGACGGGUGACGACUCUGAGUCCACGGACGACGGGGCCGGGCGGGGGGCCGCCCCCCUCAGCCCUCCCCUGCCCUCCGGGGACCCUGCUUGGUCUGAGGAUGACACAGACCCCCCCACCCCACUGGACAUGGUGAACAGCGGCCUGGUGCGCGCCAAGGACUCCGUCACCAGCCUCAAGGAGCGGGCGUCCCGGGUCAACCGGCGGGUUCAGAGCCUCCAGAGCGAGUGCUCGAUGCUGUGUGACAACCUGGAGCGCCGGCGGAGGGAGGCCGAGGACCUGGAGAAAUACUGCACCCAGCUCCAGGAGAGUUGCCAUAAGGUCAGCCAGUCGGUGGAAGAUGCCGAGAUCAAGACCAACGCACUCAAGAAAAGCUCCGUCCUGCUGGAGGAGAAGCUGCGGACGCUGCAGCAGCAGGCGCAGGGCGGGGAGCUCGGCGGGCAGGAGCCGGAGCAGCGCGCGGCCUCAGAGAUCGCCAAACCCAGCCAGGACACGGCGGGGGGCAGCCCCACAGACCUCGUCGGCACCCCACAGGGGGUGCAGGGCAGGGAGCCGGGCUCUGCGCUGGAGGAAUCCAGGCAGGGGGCCGUGCUGCGGACGAUCGAGCGGCUGGGGGCCCAGUGGGAACGGGGGCACCAGGAGCUGCAGGGCCGGCUGGACGAAGCCUUCAGCACGGCGACCCACACGGCCCAGGCCCUGAGCCAGCUCCGCCCCGAGCUCGAGGGGCUGCGGCAGGUCAAGCCGCUGCUGGAGGACGUGGCCAAUCAGCUGCGGAGACUCAGGGCCCUGGAGCUGCACGACCGGCCCCCCCCCAGCUGUGCCAGCCAGGGCUGCGUCAGCGCCCAGAGCCUGGGGCAGAUGGUGGAGCGCGCGGUGACGCCCCUGCUGGAGGAGCUGAGGCACUGCGGGCUCCCCCCGACCCCCUGCCCCGCCUGCCAGCGCCUGCAGACAAAGAUCCGGGAGCUGGAGCAGGCCGCGUUGGAGACCCACGCACGAGCGGAGACCCUCAGCUCCAACCUGCGCCUGGCCCAGGACGAAGCCCUGAGAGCCAAGACCUACGUGGAGCGGGUGCGGCUCAGCCCCCAGGAGAAGCCCCCCGGCCUGGACCCCCUCCACGCCCGGCUCAGCUCCCUGCAGGCCCAGCUGGCCCAGGACGGGGGGCCCCAGCCUCCGGUGCCGCCCCAGCCGCGCUGACUCCCACCGCUGCCACCAAUAAAGCGCCCGCCCUGGCCCUGGGCCUGCGUCUCC